CACCGCGCGCGUGUGGAGCAACCGCCGCCCGCCCGCCAUGUCCUGGAUCUUCGGCUUGAACAAGGGCGGCCGGCCGGCUGCGGGCGAUGCUGCGGGACCUGGGCCUGGGCCGCCGGCUGUGCCCCCCCCGCCCGGGGCUGGUGGCGGUGACGGAGACCGGCACAAGGACAAGGACACGGACAAGUGGAGCAACUUUGACCCCACCGGCCUGGAGCGGGCGGCCAAGGCGGCCCGGGAGCUCGACUCGUCCCGCCAUGCCAAGGAUGCACUGGAUCUCUCUCGGUUACAAGAACAAAGUGUCCAUCUGGAGCAUCAGACCCGCAUCAAGGAAUAUGAAGCGGCAGUGGAGCAACUCCGGUCUGAUCAGAUCAAAAUCCAAGGAGAAGAGAAGCGGAAGACUCUGACUGAAGAAACCAGACAGCAUCAGGCACGAGCUCAGUACCAGGACAAACUAGCAAGGCAGCGAUACGAUGACCAACUCCGUCAGCAGCAACUGGUAAAUGAAGACAACUUGAAGAAACAAGAGGAAUCUGUCCAUAAACAAGAAUCUAUGCGGAGAGCUACAAUUGAGCAUGAGAUGGAUCUUCGGCACAAGAACGAGAUGCUGCGGAUUGAAGCUGAAGCCAAGGCCCGUGCUAAGGUGGAGCGAGAAAAUGCUGACCUCAUCAGAGAACAGAUCCGACUGAAAGCUGCUGAGCACCGUCAAACUGUUCUUGAUUCCAUCAAGACAGCCGGGGCAGUGUUCGGAGAAGGAUUCCGAGCCUUUGUUUCUGACUGGGACAAAGUAACAGCCACAGUGGCUGGGCUGACUUUGCUGGCAGUUGGUGUUUACUCAGCCAAGAAUGCUACAGGAGUGGCUGGCCGAUACAUCGAGGCUCGUCUGGGAAAACCAUCCCUGGUUCGGGACACUUCCCGCAUCACGUUAGUGGAAGCUAUGAAACAUCCAAUCAAGGUUGGUAAGCGUUUGAUGAGCAAGCCCCAGGAUGCGCUGGAGGGAGUGGUGCUGAGUCCAAAACUGGAAGAACGUGUUCGAGAUAUUGCUAUAGCAACCAGAAACACCAGGAGUAACAAGGGACUAUAUCGAAAUAUCCUCAUGUAUGGACCUCCUGGCACAGGGAAGACCCUUUUUGCCAAGAAACUAGCUGUACAUUCCGGCAUGGACUACGCUAUCAUGACUGGAGGUGACGUGGCCCCCAUGGGACGUGAAGGUGUCACAGCCAUGCACAAGGUCUUCGACUGGGCCUCCACCAGCCGGAGGGGGCUUUUGCUGUUUGUGGAUGAGGCGGAUGCAUUCCUUCGAAAGAGAGCUACAGAAAAAAUCAGUGAAGAUCUGAGAGCAACAUUAAAUGCAUUCCUCUACCGAACCGGGGAGCAAAGUAACAAGUUUAUGUUGGUGUUGGCAAGCAAUCAACCGGAACAGUUUGACUGGGCCAUCAAUGACCGUAUUGAUGAGAUUGUUAACUUUGGUCUACCUGGGCUGGAGGAGAGGGAGCGGCUGGUGAGGUUGUACUUUGACAAAUAUGUCCUGAAACCUGCCACAGAAGGAAAACAACGCCUGAAGGUGGCACAGUUUGAUUACGGCAAGAAAUGCUCUGAGAUUGCUUUGGUGACUGGAGGGAUGUCAGGCAGAGAGAUCUCCAAGCUCGGAGUGGCCUUGCAGGCUGCAGCGUACGCUUCAGAACACGGGGUCCUGACGGAGCCGAUGAUCGACGCCAGGGUGACUGAAGCAAUCCGCCAGCACCAGCAGAAAAUGGUGUGGCUGAAGAACGAGCGGCGAGAGAAGCCCGGCGUGGCGUCACGUGCCGUGCCUGCGGUGACGGAGGAGGGUACACCAGUGUGAGGGUCCAGCGCAGUGCGUACCCGGGCCAGGAACCCCUGAAUUCAAAUGCUGCGCACCAACGUAAAACGGUCCACUCGCCAAGGUGGUUCACCUCCCACCCACUGCCACACACGCCAGCAGCCUUGUACACAUCUCUGACCCAGGACCACAGUCGGCUGCUGGCCCUCGCUCGGCCUGCUCUUGCACAGAUGUUUGCAGCUGUUUAUCUGCUCACCCAGCGGGUCUCAGAGGAAAAUCUAACGGCAAUCCUGAUCUGUGGCAGUGACUGGAGUGCCUGUGUCCCGUGCGUGCCCACACAAUUCCCCAUCGCUGCUGGGUAUUCAACGUGGACACCUCUGGUCUGGGAGCAGGUUGUGGCUGUGAAUUCCACCACUGGAAGACGUUUUGCGUUGAUGUGAGUUGUAUUCCUGGAUUCCUCAUCCCAAGAAGCUGAUCUCUCUAAUCUACAGUUGAAUCAUCGAGCUCAAGAUCGGGUCCCGUUCGCUGCCUACCUCAGAUGCAUUUAUUUGAGUAACGUUCCAGUAACAAUUCAGCAGAUCAUGGGAUUCACAGCCCUUGUACAGUAACAUGUUGCUGCUGAACGGGGGGAAUGUGGUUUGGGACUGAACAGGUUAUUCAGCUGAGUUUUACUGUGAUGAGAAAAAUAAACUUAUUAUAAAAUAGUGAUUAAAUCUUAUAAAUAAUCGAGAGUGAGGACUUGUUCCAAUCAGAGUCGGACUCUGUGUCCUCUUGUCAAAUGUGAUGGCAUCUUGUGAUCUGUUGCCUGACACUGUCCACAGGGAUUAAAUAAUCCCAACUGGUAACUCCGCGACUCUGGAAUUCCUGGAGGUGACGUUAUUGGAUCAUAUUACCGGCUUGCUUUCCUUUAGCUGCCAUGUAAGAACACAUAGAACAUAGACGAGUACAACGCACGAACUGGUCCUCCAAUCACCAUUUCAGUGCCGACCAUGAUGCCAUGAUUAAAAUGCACAUUUGCCUGUUCAUGUUCAACAUUUCCCCAUUCCCAGCCGGUGUGUACUCCUGUCUAAAUGCCUCUUAAACACGGCGAUCACAUCUCCAGUUCCCCUGGUAACACAUUCUAGCCCCUGACUACUCUUUUAAUUUAAAUAAAACUUUCCUUGUAAAUCUCCUUUAAACUUCCCACUCUUGCUUUUAAAGCUACGCCCUUUAAACUUUCCCCCUCUGUCAUUUAAGCUGUGCCCCCCUUCAAACUUAAACCCUCCCCCCUCUCACUUUUAAACCUAUGCCCUUAAACUUUGCCCAUCUUCUUUUUAUAAAUAAAGAAAACUGAAAUCCGUCAAUCUAUCGCAUUUGUUUAAAUUAAACAUUUAAUUUAUCCCAUUUCAGUUUAGAAUCAUUUUAAAGAUGAUUUCUGGGUCUGAAGUUUGACUUUCAGAAAUGUAUUCACUCUGAUUUCGAAGGGUUAAAAUGCGAUAAUAUUUUAACCCAGCUACUGACGACAUUGGAUUAAAGCCAAUGUUUUAUAUUGAUGCAAAACUAUCUGUAAACAGUGGGGAAACCCCUCGUUCUGCUUUUCCUGGCACGCUUUCCUCCUGCACAGUGUCCCUCUGAAGUUGCUCACCUUACAGCAGCUAAAGAGGAGAUUCAUUGGUCUUUGAUUCUAAUGAGAAUAUAUUUAAUGUGAAACUGAUAGAAACUUGAAAGAAAAAUAUAAAAUUAUACACAGCAUAAAACACUGCCCAAUGUCUUCCCUGAUGAAAGAUUUGAGUCAGUCUUAACAACUUUUGAUUUCCAAUUUAAACAGUUGGAGGACCUCAAGUUUUCUACCCAAAGCCUGUAUUCAAGGGAAGGGGAGGGGAUUGAAAUGCUUGUUGUGUUCUGCACUUCCCAUGCAAUCAGCAAACAGAGGAGCUCGCUCUGGGGCGCUGAUACCAAUGGAUCAUGCCUGGGGUCCAGUUACAGCGGGUGGCAAGAGUUAGUUCUGAUGUACAACACUGUAGCAAUAGUUACAGCUUGAAGAGGGGUCUCCAUCACUCAUACCUUUUCUCCAGAGAUGCUGCCUGACCCGCUGAGUCACUCCAGCAUUCUGUGUCCAUCUUCAUGCUGAUGCAACGGUUUGUGGCAAGUCUAGUGGUUUCAUAGUCACACAGGACGGGUGCAGGCCCUUCGGCCCAGCUUACCCAUGCCGACCAAGGCGCCUUAUGCUACCCUAGUCCCACUUGACUGCAUUUGGCCAUUAUCCCUCUAACUUUUUCUAUCCUAAGGUUUCCUCUGUUUAAACCAAUGACGGCAUAUGACAUAGAUUCAAACAGCAUGGAAACAGGCCCUUCGGCCCACUUGUCCACACCGACCAACAUGCCCUGUCUAUACUAGUCCAAUCUGUGCAUUCGCCCCUUAUCCCUCUAACCUUUCCUAUCCUAAGGUUUCAUCCUUGUUUAAAACGAUGACUGCAUAUGGCAUUUUACCUUGAUGUUGAGCCUAGUAUAAAAUGGCUCAGGAUCUGGAUAAUUCUGUGUGGUUAUUUUCCCAUGAUUUUUUUUAAAUGGUAACGUUUCUCCUCCAGCAAGUGGUGUGGUCUGUAAAUUGAUCCACAUAGAUUAUCAGCGGAAAUCGCUUGCUUUCGAUGAUCCUGCAGUGUCCUUGCCUCUGUCCCGGGAAUGUGCAGACCUUCCUGGCGGCUGGUACUGAGCCUUUGUAGACUGGGCCCCCAUUGUAUGUGAGAGUAGUGGUGCAUUGAAUCAUGUUUGAGCACAUGGGUGCUGGGGUUUCUGGUCCGUUUCAGAUAUUUCCGAUGCUCUGUUAAUUGUUGAAGCAAUCCUGGUGAUUUCACAGUGGGGGGGGAAACCCCCCACAUUCUCUUUUGUAUAAGUUGGAACAGAAUCUGUCUUUCUUUGUUUUAAACAUCAUCACUAUAUUCCAACGUGGAAUGAUUUCAAUUUGCUACAUCCUUUUUUAUUGGAUUAAACAUGUAAAUCCUGUUCAUCUAAUAAACUGAGAUUAUGAUUUGUGA